ACCUGCGCACUCGGACCAAGAUGGCGGCGGCGGCCCGCCUGGGCUGGGGAGCUGCGGCGGUUGCCGCGGGGCUACGGAGGCGAUUCUGUCAUAUGAUGAAUCCAUAUACCAUUAAGAAACAGCCUCUGCAUCAGUUUGUCCAGAGACCACUUUUCCCACUCCCUGCAACCUUAUGUAACACAGUGAGAUACAUGUUUAUUCAAACACAAGAUACCCCAAAUCCCAACAGUUUAAAGUUUAUUCCAGGAAAACCUGUUCUUGAGACAAGGACCAUGGAUUUUCCCACACCAGCUACAGCAUUUCGCUCCCCUCUGGCUAGGCAGUUAUUUAGGAUUGAAGGAGUAAAAAGUGUCUUCUUUGGACCAGAUUUCAUCACUGUCACAAAGGAAAAUGAAGAGUUAGACUGGAAUUUACUGAAACCAGAUAUCUAUGCUACAAUUAUGGAUUUCUUUGCAUCUGGCUUACCUUUAGUUACUGAGGAAACACCUUCAGGAGAAGCAGGUUGUCUUUUGUCAUUCAGAAAUUUUUUCUUGGGCUUCCCUGGUGGUGCAGUGUUUAAGAAUCCGCCUGCCACUGCAGGGGACACGGGUUUGAUCCCUGGCCUGGGAAGAUCCCACAUGCCAUGGAGCAACUAAGCCUGUGCGCCACAAGUACUGAGCCUCCACUCUAGAGCCCGCGUGCAACAACUACUGAAGCCCAUGUGCCUAGAGCCCGUGCUCCACAGCAAGAGAAGCCACCACAAUGAGAAGCCCGCGCACUGCAACGAAGAGUAGCCCCCGCUCGCCGCAACUAGAGAAAGCCCGCGCACAGCAAUGAAGACCCAACACAGCCAAAAAUAAAAACAAACAAACAAACAGAAGUCCCGUGUAAGAAAAAAAGAAAGAAAUUUUUUCUUAUUUUAAAAUAUGGAAUGUUUCACAAAUUUGUGUAUCAUCUUUGCGAAGGGACCAUGCUAAUCUUCUCUGUAUCAUUUCAGUUUUAGUAUUUGUGCUGCUGAAGCAAGCACAGAAGUUUUUCUUUUUAAUGAAGUCGCAUAUUUUCAUCUUA